AUGGCACUCCCGGUGUUAUGGUUGGGGUUACUUUCUUAUGCUUUGAUGGAAGUCACCGAGAUACCAGUGGAAGAGGACCUGUGCACUACAGUCCCUUGCAGAUUAGAAUUUCCCAAAGAACCCCUGAAAAAUUCCAUGAUUACAGGCUACUGGCUCAAUAAAAAUAUCAGCUCCCCUGUAGCUACAAAUAAACCCAAUGUUACCAUAGAGGGUAACACUAAUGGAAGAUUCCACGUUAUUUGGAAUCUUGAAGAACAAGACUGUACCCUGCUGGAAGGCAAUGUACGCAAGAGGGACGACGAGACACACGUAUCCUCUGCAGAUCUAGAACAACGAAAGAGGGCUUUACUGAGGGAGAAUAUCACACUCUUCCUGUCAGAUAUUCCUAUGGCCGGGGAGCCUGUGACCUUGACUUGUACCAUCAGAGGCUCCUGCAUAGAAACCAAAGCCCGCUUGCUCUCCUGGAAAGAACCCACCAUGUCCUUCAACACAAAUGGCUCCAGAAACUCCUCCAUCUCUUCCUCGGUGCUGCACUUCACCCCAAAGCCCAAGGACCAUGGCACCACCCUGCAAUGUUAUUUGAACUUCUCCCAAUCUGGCUUGACCACUUUCACGGUCCAGAUGAUCAUACCUGCCAUACUGUUCCAUUAUGUUUGUUCCUUGGGGAAGAUUCUGCAGUGCAACUGUUCUGUCUUUGGUAUCCCCACACCCACGGUGCAGUGGUUUAUAGGAGGAGUUCCUGUGGAAGUGAAAAACAUGAGCAACAUCAUCCAGGUGACCACCACUAUAAUUCCCCCCUGGGUCAACAGCACCAUCAACCUCACUGGGAAGCCAGAAAUACUCAUGAGCCUCCACUGUGUGGGGGAGAACAAAUACGGAAUCCAUGCUUCAAGCAUCUUCCUGAUACCACAUGAGACUCCAGUUUCCCAAAUAUUUGUGAGAGGACUGAUACAGGGCCUUGUGUAUGGACUCAUUAUACCAGCACUAUUCUACUUUUUGGUUGUUAUUCUUGUAGUGAAGAUUUUUAUAUGGUGGGCAAAGAGGCAACUCCCCCAGAAAGAAGAGGCCCCGAUCCUUAACAAAUCAGAGCUGCUGGAGGAGCCGGCCACAUCCAAGGAGUCGGCCACAUCCAAGGAGUCGGCCACAUCCAAGGAGCCGGCCACAUCCAAGGAGUCGGCCACGUCCAAGGAUCCGACCACAUCCAAGUCGUCGGCCACAUCCAAGGAGCCGACCACAUCCAAGGAGUCAGCCACGUCCAAGGAGCCGACCACAUCCAAGUCUUCGGCCUCGUCCAAGGAGCCGGCCACAUCCAAGUCGUCGGCCAUGUCCAAGGAGCCGGCCACAUCCAAGGAGCCGGCCACAUCCAAGUCGUCGGCCACGUCCAAGGAGCCGGCCACAUCCAAGUCGUCGGCCAUGUCCAAGGAGCAGGCCACAUCCAAGGAGCCGGCCACAUCCAAGUCGUCGGCCACGUCCAAGGAGCCGGCCACAUCCAAGUCGUCGGCCAUGUCCAAGGAGCCGGCCACAUCCAAGGAGCCGGCCACAUCCAAGUCGUCGGCCACGUCCAAGGAGCCGGCCACAUCCAAGUCGUCGGCCAUGUCCAAGGAGCCGGCCACAUCCAAGGAGCUGGCCACAUCCAAGUCAUCGGCCACGUCCAAGGAGACUGAAGCAGAAAGCAAACCAGGCUUGGAGGUUAAGUCCCUGGGACUGUGGGAGUCCGAGCUGUCCACCAGCCAGUCGGCUGUACUGCUGAGGCCACCAGGGGGCACUGAUUAG